UUUCUAGUUUCUCUUACCCCUAAAUCUCGAAUGGAUUCUGCUUUCAGGUAAAAACGGUAUCAACCGGAGCACCUCAGCAAGCCUGGCCUCCCAGCGAGACCCCCGAGCGAGAUCUACCCUUGCUUUCUAAUUUGUCAGUCUGGUUAGCGCCGCUAUCACGAUUCCUAUUCAAGAUCAAGGAUCACACACGCCGUACUCGUUGUAUGCCAUUUGCAUCAAACAGGGCAACUGGUCUCUCUCUCUAAUGGCAACCAUGGACGGAGCGGUCCAGACUCAGCCUCAGCAGCAACAGCCUCUCCCGGCGCAGCCGGUGGCUGUCGCGGAAAGGCUUAACCAGGCAGUACAGCAGCAGUUGAACCUGGAGGCUCUGAAGAAUCGAGCUACUACUCUAUUUAAAGCCAUCUCUCGGAUUCUCGAAGAUUUUGAUGUCUACGGUCGCACCAAUACGACACCUAAAUGGCAAGACAUAUUGGGGCAAUAUUCUAUGGUGAAUCUAGAGCUUUUCAACAUUGUUGAUGAAAUCAAGAAAGUUUCCAAGGCUUUCGUUGUACAUCCAAAGAAUGUUAAUGCAGAGAAUUCUACAAUACUACCAGUUAUGUUGUCCUCAAAACUAUUGCCUGAGAUGGAGGUAGACGACAAUUCUAAACGAGAGCAGUUGCUUCUUGGAAUGCACAACAUGCCAGUAUCUACACAGAUUGAGAAAUUGAAGACUAGAAUUGAAAUGAUUGGAGCAGCCUGUGAAAGUGCUGAAAAAAUAUUAGCUGAAACUCGGAAAGCAUAUUGUUUCGGAAUGCGUCAAGGGCCAGCAAUAGCUCCAACUUUAGACAAGGCUCAAGCUGCAAAAAUUCAGGAGCAAGAGAAUUUACUCCGAGCUGCUGUUAACUUCGGGGAAGGAUUAAGAUUACCCGGUGAGCAACGACAAAUUACACCAACACUUCCUAUGCAUUUGAUAGAUGUGCUGAAUGUAGGUGAUGGAGUGCAGAGUUUUAAUGAAACGUCUGGUAUGUAUACAAAGAAUACUCUUACAUCAAAUAAUAUUAGUGGUCAAGGAUCAUUGAUACAGCCUCCUGGAUCACAACUUGUUGGAAGAUCAGCUGCUUCGCCUUCUGGUGCCACGAGUGCCACAUCCUUUGACAACACAACGUCGCCAUUGCCAUAUGCUAACUCUCCAAGGUCAAGUGUGAACAUUAUGAACACACCUUCUCCUCAACAGCAGACCCAACAACAGCAACAACAACUUCAGCAAGUCCAACAAAGGCAAAAAAUGAUGCAACUACCUCAGCAUCAGCAGCUCCUUGCUCAACAACAGAUGAGGCAGUCUUCUAUGCAAGGAAUAGGGCAGAUUCAUGGACAGCAUCAGAUGCAGUUUUCACAGCCACUGGCACAUCAGCAAUUUCAGGGACGGCAGAUGUCUUCUGGACAUGUUCAACAUGGCAUUACUCAAAGCCAACUUGGCCAAGGAAAUCAAAUAAAUCGUCAAUUGAGCCAGUUUUCUGGCGCUGCUAACAGUAGUUUGUUUAAUGCUGCCCAGAGUACACCAACUUCUCAAAUGAUUCCAAAUAUUUCAGCUACAAUGUCAUCACAACCACUCAUGUCGCGUAUGCAGUAUGGGUUACCUGUGAGCAAUCCGCAACGAAGCCAUGCUUCUCAAAUUCUGAGUGAUCAGAUCUUCAACUUGGGAGGAGGUAGUACGGGCGGUAUGAUGCCUAUGCAACAACAGCAACAAGUACAACAACAGCAGCAACAGCAGCUUGCUUCACAAGGUGCAUUUGGCAACAUGCCUACAAAUGCACAGUCUCUACAAUCUGGUAUGGUACCACUUCAAAACAUGCAACAGACUCACCCUAAUUUUGGCCAGCAAAGACAGCAAAACCAGCAGUAACCAAUGUGCUUUGGAAAUCUGCAAUUCCUUGAGUAAAAAGGGGUCAACAUAUCCUAUACUCUUCAUAUUUGGCAUUUAUAGCCCCUGCAUGUAAUGCAAUCCAUCGUAUAUUUGUGUGUACUGUUCACUUCGUAGAGAAGAUUGAUAAGCUAAUUGAGAAAAUGACUUAUGUAGAUCAAACCAAAAUGAUUUGGUUUAAAUAUCAACGCUAAAAAGUGUUUACUUUAAUACUCUUUUGUACAUACAGCUGAAUUUUGGACUGUUGUGUAGAAUUAAAGUCAUUUUGUAAUUGCCUCA